UUCACGACACGAUCAUAUGGCGAGAUGGGUGGUGAAGUUAUAAAAUUAUUAUCAUUAAUUAUUUUAUAGUAUACGAUUAACUUCUAAGUGCAUUUAGCGAAAGUUCAUGAUGAGACAGUAGUAUAAAAGAUAGUUCAAAUCUGUGAUACUUUAAUUAUAAGAAGCCUUCAUUGGCACUUUCACCCGCUUUUCCUAUAAAUCGGUGUCAUUAAAAAGUAUUUGAAAGUUCCGUGGUAUAAAUUCAAAAAUGGAAACAACACAAAAAUUUAAAUCGGAGGCAAGCACUUCGAAUUCUAAAUCAGAAGAAAACAGUAUAAAUCCCAAAAUCUCUGCUGAUAAAGCUGAAGAAGUAAUUCGUAAAGAACCUUUUUGGGUCUUCGGAUAUGGAUCUCUUUGCUGGAAUCCUGGUUUUGAAUAUCAGCAGUCGAUAACUGGAUACGUAAAGGGAUUUUCUAGAAGAUUUUGGCAAGGAAAUACAACACAUCGCGGAACUGAUACUCACCCUGGCCGCGUCGCAACUUUAAUCGAAGACAACGAGGGUAUCACAUGGGGAAAAGCGUUCCUAGUUGCUGCGGAUAACGGCGCUGCGUUACCUUACCUCACAACUAGGGAGUGCCAGCUCGGAGGCUACCGGACCUACACCGUUAAUUUCCACCCUCGCACUUCCCAGUUCCUUCCAGGAAAUAGCAAUAACAAAAAAGACGCUAUUCUCUACAUAGCAAUUCCUGAAAACCGACAUUGGCUAGGUGCAGCCCCGCUUCCAGAAAUCGCAAAGCAAAUUCUAGAAUGCCGUGGUUCUGCCGGUUCCAAUGUAGAAUACCUUCUGAGAUUAGCCGACUUCAUGCGGGAAGAAGUGCCUGAAGCUCUGGACGAGCAUUUGUUUUCUCUAGAACGGUUAGUUAGGAAAUUCGCAGCGGACAUGAAGAUAGGGUUACAGACUCUGAUGGGAGAGCCAAGGGAAAGGCAAGAAGAGAAGGAAGCUAAAGCGGUUGUUCCCAGCUCGUAUUAUGCGUCACGUAUUCCGGAUAAGAAAUUGCGUUGCGUCAAUAUGUGAUUUAGCCUUUAUUUCUUUAAUUGUGAAAUGCCAGGCAUUUGUACCUUUGAUAAUGAACACAUACAAAUUGUUUCAUUGGAACUGUAUUUUAAGUGAAAUAUAAAAUGGAUUAAAAUUAGUAUUCGAAAAGUGCCCUAUGUUGCCGAUUCGCUUUCUUUAGUAAAAUGUUUAGGAAAAUGUAUGUAUAGCUGUAAGGAAACAAGCUUUAAGCCGGAAUAAGAUGUUUCUAGUAUUUAAGCUUCUGUUUUGUUUCACAUGUGAUAGUUUAUGCGACUUCAUUGUUUUCAUAUUUCGUAAUAACAUUAUCUCGAACAAUAGUUAUAUUUUGUAAAUAAACUUGACAUUACAUGUAAUUAUGACUAAUACAAUUUUCUUUGUUAUGACAUUAUAAUUGUAUUAAGUAGUGUGUAAAUUUUUUAACUAUAAAAUCUAAUUUCUGCUUUUCUUAAAAUUUGUUGCUUCUCAUAGACCACUCGGGAUUUUGUAUUCUAACCAUCAAAAUACCAGUGAUUAUAUUCAUGACAAAUGCCAUUAACUUUCAAAAUUGCGCAUUGAAUAAGCGCGUCACA